AUGAUAUGCUUGAUUGUUGUUGCCUCUCUUCUCUCCACCGUUCCAUCAGUGAUCACAUUUCAACCUAUUUGGAUUGGCGAUAGUUUCUCCACCGACUCCUUCCUCUCCCCUAUCCAAAAUCAGUUGCUCUGGGAGACAUGUGGUAAUCAGAAGACGUCGAAACACAAGAGAUUCCCAUGGGCGGUGUCAUUUACUGUGGAUGGAGUGAACAGGCUGGGUGGAUCUAUUAUCAGUCCGUAUCAUAUACUCACAGCGGCACAUGGAUUUGUCACAACGAUCGGGGCAAGAGGCAACUUGUGUAUGGAUCGGGAUUUGAAGCAUCCGAAUAGCUCCGUGUACCGAUCCAUUGAAUUCCUCCGUGAAACCAGAAAAGUCGCUUAUGGUGGGAAGUGUAUACGUGGAUUCACGGAUGAGUUCCCAAAUGAUACUAGGUGUCCGAAGCCUGAUGUGGUGCAUAAUAAGAUCCGGAGUGUCCUUGUCGACGGGGACUUCGCCGCUUCCAACUGUACACAGGGACACGACUGGGCUAUUGUAGAAGUGGAGAAACGAAUACAAUUCGGGAAGGAUAUACAACCGAUUUGUCUUCCACGUCCACAAAUGUAUUAUACCAGAGCGUUGACAGUUCCCGGCUGGGGAAGGAGUUAUAUUUUCAACGAAAGCGGUCCACUGAUCCAUGAGAUUCCAAUGAGAGUUGAUCAGGAUUGUCGGAGACCGUGGAGUGAUAGGCUGCCAGCCAGCGCGGAUGACUAUGUUUGUGCUACCUCGAUGGACAUUUAUAACUACUCGGCGCCCCGGACUUGCCAUGGGGAUAGUGGAGGUGGUCUCGAGUAUCGCGACGAGUUCGGACGGGCCUUCUUGAUCGCCAUCACCUCAUUUGGCACCCGUGGAUGUCCGAGUAACAUGCUAGCAAGGUUCACAAGAGUGGAUGUAUAUCUAGACCUAAUUUGUAAAUAUACGGGGGUUUGUUAUUAA